UUAAUUUUUUACAUUUAUUUAUGUUUCAGCCUCUUUUCGGACUUGAGAAGCUUAGCAGGAACCACUUUAAUGAAUCUGCUGGCGGCUCUCUUUAUGGUUCAGCUUUUAUUUAUAGUCGGCGUGGGUGGUGUUCAGGAUCCAGACUUGUGCAUAUCGCUGGGCAUGAGCUUGCAAUACCUGCGCGUCUCGGUCGUAUGCUGGCUGGCAGCCAUGUGCCAUCACCUGUACGCGACUGUUGCUUCGAUGCCAAAAUGCGACGAGCCCCCGACCUACCUCAAGUACAGCGUGUUCGCUUGGGGUGCACCUCUUGUCAGCCUGGUCGGCGCCGCCCUGCUCCAAGUGCACGAGACCAACGACAUAUGGAAGGUCAAGGACCUCAUGCCCUUCAAUUGCUGGUUUUUAGGGGCAAAAGCGACUGUCUACGCUUACGGCACGCCAGUAACAUUGCUGCUCCUAAGCUCGGGAUACUACCUCCUUAAAGCAGCCAUAGUAGCCAGGUAUACGUGCAGUAUGGAGCUAGAGAUAAAACAGCGAGAAAAAAUGAAGCGCCGACGAACGCUGCAGCUGAUGCUCUUCCUCAAAGUCAGCCUUAUCAUUGGCCUAGUGGCUGGCUGUGGGGUAGCCUCACGUGUCUGGAAGAUGCCGCUUCUGUGGGCAAUUUUCUGCACUGGCCACUCGCUGCAGGGUCUUGCCAUUGCCCUAUCCGUGGCCUGCAAUUGUCGAGUCCUCAAAGUAUACUCGAGAAAAUCUUACAAACAGCCGAAGCACCAGAUCGCCAAGUCAUCAAGUAUGCAGCUACUUGCACCUGCUCCGGACCCGGUCUAA